ACUAAGUAUCCUGUGCACUUUAUAUUAUUCCAUGUUCACACAAACCUAUGAAAUAUUCUUUAUUCCUGUUUUACAAAGAAGGAGGUUUUCAGACAGAACCCACACAGUCUAAGGGUAAUAAAAUGGGUCUGCUGCUCUAGUCUUCAAAGUCAACCGUCUUCACCUGAAAUUCACGGGAAGUAACGCUGUUAGCCAAUCUCGAGAAACCUCGCGAUAUUGCAGAAACUACAAUUCCCAAAAUGCAAGACGGUACUCUGCUUCAGUCUCGGUUGCGAGUCUGAACGGCUCCAGCAUGCCUUGAGGCGCGAAAGGCAACCUGGGAGUGGUAGUCCCUCUGGGCGCCGGCCGGAAUCGCCAGCGCGGCAGUGGCGGAUUGAGCGGCUCCAGCGGGAGGACCUGUUAGGGCUGAGGCGGAGAAAGGGCGUGGAACGGAAAGGGUGAGUCAGGCAGUGUCUGUGCGAUAAAAGGAGACUGGACGGCGGCGUAGGUGUGAGUUGAGGAAGUGCGGCCAGUGCCGCAGUCCGUUCUGGUCACCGCUAUCCUCUGGCGGUGGAAGGGUAAGGAGGAGCCGGGCGCCCGCAGCCGUCCCGCCCUCGGCGUCCGGCCGCCAUAUCUAGCAUGCAGUCCCGGGAAGACGGCCCGCGCUCCCGCCGCCUCGCCAGUCCCCGCGGUGGGAGGCGGCCCAAGAGGAUCUCCAAGCCUUCGGUUUCGGCCUUUUUCACGGGCCCAGAGGAACUGAAAGACACAGCGCAUUCCGCAGCCCUGCUCGCACAGCUCAAGUCCUUCUACGACGCACGGCUGCUGUGCGAUGUGACCAUCGAGGUGGUGACGCCUGGCAGCGGGCCUGGCACUGGCCGCCUGUUUUCCUGCAACCGCAACGUGCUGGCCGCCGCGUGCCCCUACUUCAAGAGCAUGUUCACAGGGGGCAUGUACGAGAGCCAGCAAGCGAGCGUGACCAUGCACGAUGUGGACGCUGAGUCCUUCGAGGUGUUGGUUGACUACUGCUACACGGGGCGUGUGUCCCUGAGCGAGGCCAAUGUGCAGCGCCUCUAUGCGGCCUCUGACAUGCUUCAGCUCGAAUAUGUCCGCGAAGCCUGUGCUUCUUUCUUGGCUCGCCGCCUGGACCUGGCCAACUGCACUGCCAUCCUCAAGUUUGCUGACGCCUUUGACCAUCACAAGCUCCGAUCUCAGGCCCAGUCAUUUAUAGCUCACAACUUCAAGCAGCUGAGCAGAAUGGGUUCGGUUCGGGAGGAGACUCUAGCAGAUCUGACCGUAGCCCAGCUGCUGCCCGUUCUGCGCCUGGACAGUUUGGACAUAGAGAGUGAGAGGACCGUGUGCCACGUGGCUGUGCAGUGGCUGGAGGCAGCUCCCAAAGAGCGAGGGCCCAGCGCAGCGGAAGUCUUUAGAUGUGUCCGCUGGGCACACUUCACUGACGAAGACCGGGACUACCUGGAAGGGCUGCUGACCAAGCCCAUUGUGAAGAAGUACUGCCAGGACGUUAUUGAAGGGGCCCUGCAGAUGCGCUAUGGUGACAUGCUGUACAAGUCCCUGGUGCCAAAGACAAAUAGCACCAGCAGCAGAGGCAGCAGUAGCUGUACUAGCAGCAGCAGCAGCAGCAGCAGCAGCUGUGUUGUAGCUGUAGCUGAUAAUUUACCCCAGAGAUUAGGUAUGUGUGCCAAAGAGAUGGUAAUUUUCUUUGGACAUCCCAGAGAUCCUUUUCUCUGCUAUGACCCAUACUCAGGGGACAUUUAUACAAUGCCAUCACCUUUGACCAGCUUGGCUCACACUAAGACUAUCACCUCCUCAGCUGUUUGUAUCUCCCCAGACCAUGAUAUCUAUUUAGCUGCCCAGCCCAGAAAAGACCUGUGGGUGUAUAAACCAGCCCAAAAUAGUUGGCAACAACUGGCAGAUCGAUUGCUGUGUCGUGAGGGCAUGGAUGUGGCAUAUCUCAAUGGUUACAUUUACAUUUUGGGUGGCCGAGACCCUAUUACUGGAGUUAAAUUGAAAGAAGUGGAAUGCUACAGUGUUCAGCGGAACCAGUGGGCUCUGGUGGCUCCUGUACCCCAUUCCUUUUAUUCCUUUGAACUGAUAGUCGUUCAGAACUACCUUUAUGCUGUCAACAGUAAGCGCAUGCUGUGCUAUGAUCCUAGUCAUAAUAUGUGGCUGAACUGUGCAUCUCUGAAGCGAAGUGAAUUUCAGGAAGCCUGUGUCUUCAAUGAUGAGAUCUAUUGUAUUUGCGACAUCCCAAUUAUGAAGGUCUACAACCCAGCCAGGGGGGAAUGGAGACGGAUUAGCAAUAUUCCUUUGGAUUCAGAGACCCACAACUACCAGAUUGUCAAUCAUGACCAAAAGUUACUGCUUAUUACUUCUACCACCCCACAAUGGAAAAAGAACCGGGUGACUGUGUAUGAAUAUGAUACUAGGGAAGACCAAUGGAUUAAUAUAGGUACCAUGUUAGGCCUUCUGCAGUUUGACUCUGGUUUCAUUUGUCUCUGUGCUCGGGUUUAUCCUUCCUGCCUUGAACCUGGUCAGAGUUUCAUCACUGAAGAAGAUGAUGCACGAACAGAGGAAUCUGGUCCCGAUGAAGUGAAUUUUUGAAUGAGAAAGAGGGAAAGAAAAAAGAUAACAACAAAAAUAUUCCACAAAUAAUGCAUUCUUCAUCAUUUUGAUUGGCCACUUGAAGAGUCUACAAGAUGUUCCUCUUUAACAUUAUUUCUAGAGAAAUAAGAUGCCUGCCUAGCGGUACGUAUUCCUUCAAAAGAGUAGACAUGCUACCAUGGCCUGAGGUUGGUUUUGUUUGAUUUGCUAUCUGGGAUAUUAUAAGCACUGUUUUUAACAUAGACAUGUAUUUCUCAGUGGUAUUCCAUAUGGGCCAAUUUUUCUUCAUUAACUUCCAUUGUUAGGUUAUAUUCGAUAAGGUUGAACUGUAACAAUAUUUAUCUCAACCAGAUUAUUUAUCUGCCAGUUAAGAUCUGUAACUGAUGUAUAAAAGACAAAUCCUUCAAUUUGUCUCAAGGUUUGAGUUAAAGUCUAGGCUAAAUAUUAUUAUUUUGGUUUACAGUGAGGAUUUUGGUUUUGUGAUAUAUUUGUGAAUUAGGGAAUAGAUGUUAACUAUUAUUUUAUAGAUAAGUGAUUUGUACAUGGUUAUAAAUAAAACUGGUACUAAAUCUCAGGCUUCUUGACUUUCUAACUCAGUGGUUCUGUUAAAUGUAUAAAACCUUGUUUAACAUAACCAGCAGUGCUGAAACCUCUUCUUGACAAGAAAGCACCUUUGUCUCAGUUUUCUAAUUAAUCAGCACAUCUUGUAGCAAAUGUUUAAUAUGACGUAUUUUAGGGUAGUGAUUUAUAUGAUUUAGAAUGUCUCCUGUAGUUGUUAGGGUAUCUGGAUCAUAAUGGAGAUUGAGUCAUUCCCCAGGAAAAUUUGCAUUUAUAUUUUGCUAAUUUCAAGGAAGUUCAUCCACAAACCCAGGUUAAGAUCACUUGUGACAUAUUUUUCAUGAGACAUAGUUCACAUGUUGACUAGGGGACAGAGCAACAUAUUCCUAUAACAGAGCUAAAGAAAUAAUAGAUGUUCACUAUCUGAAAGAGAUGUAAAAAUUAAUGACUACCUCAGAGCAAAAGUAAAGUUGACAUUUCUGAAAUUCGCAUUUGUUCAUCGUAACAUGUUACUGAAUGUAAAUGAUUUAAAGGAAGAAUAAAGUGAGUUAUGUAUAUAAAUUAUAGGCUUUGGAGCUUACAUGUUAUACAUAUUUAAAUGAUAUAUUGUCCAAGAAGGCUGUGUGUGCUAGGUGUGGUGGCAUGCACCUGUAAUACCAGCACUUUGG